GGCUUGCUAUUUUACUGGUUGCCCGUAAUAUCUGCCCGAGGGAAGAUCUCUUUUUUUCUUCUUCCCCUUUCUGUCCAGAUCUAGAAUUUCUUUCGCACUCAAUUGAUCAAAAGAGGGAGGAGAAAGAAGAAGAAGAAGAGCGAUGGAAACGAUAUCCAUCACUGUCUGCGGUGACGGCGGGACUGGUAAAUCCUCCAUCUCCCUCCGCCUGGUCCGCAGUAAAUGGACGCACGAGUACGACCCGACGGUGCAAGAUUCCUACAGCGUGACCCGCACCGUCGACGGCCGCGAGUACUCCCUACACCUCACCGACACCGCCGGGCAGGAGGAGUACCGUGGCCUCUGGGCCUCGCACAACCUCGCGGCCGACGCUUAUCUGCUCGUUUACGACAUCACCAAUCACGAUAGCUUGUUGGCGCUGGAUUACUUCCACAACUUGGUCGAGAUGGAGGAGGAGGGGCGGAGCGUUCCCGUCGUCAAGAUCGUCGCGGGGAAUAAGUGCGAUCUGGCGGAGGGCAGGCAGGUCUCCAGUCAGGAGGGACUGGCCUGGGCGCGGGGUCAUGAGUGUGGGUUUAUGGAGACGAGCGCUAGGAAUAUGGUUAAUAUUGAGGAGACGUUUGCUCUGCUCGUACGCCGUGUCGUCGCCGCGAGAGAGGCUGUUGCCAAUGGCACGUUGGUCCCCGCUUCCUACCGCAAGUUCUCUUCCGCUACUGCUGGUCCUGCUGCUUCUGCUUCCGGUCCUGUUGCUCGAGACAGUGAGAAACAGCAAGAAGUUCCGCACUUGACUUACGAUAAUCGUCCACCGCCAAGUAAGUGGGGGAACUGUUGCACCAUUUGUUGAUCCUUUUUCUUUUUUACAUAAUAACCUUUUAUUAUAUCCCUACUCCUGGCUUUUCAUGUUACCGGUACAAUGUUACCCUUAACUGCCCGACAAAAGGGGGAUCUGUAUGAUGAACGGUGGAGGUAUUUCCCGUUUCACGAAGGU